AUGGCGUCCGCAGCCGAGGGGGACAUGGAAGCGGAGCUGACGAGGGGGCUGCGGUGGGAUUUCCAAGACCUGAGCCUUAACAAGUUGGCGACGUCCCUGGGCGCGUCAGAACAGGCGCUGCGGCUCAUCAUCUCCAUCUUCCUAGGUUACCCCUUGGCUUUAUUUUAUCGGCGUUACCUUUUCUACAAGGACAGCUACCUCAUCCACCUUUUCCACACUUUUACGGGCCUCUCAAUCGCUUAUUAUAACUUCGGAACCCAGCUCUACCACUCCCUGUUCUGCAUCGUGCUGCAGUUCCUCAUCCUCCGGCUGAUGGGCCGAACUGUCACCGCUGUGCUCACCACCUUUUGCGUCCAGAUGGCCUACCUUCUGGCCGGAUAUUACAGCACAGCCACCGGCACCUAUGACAUCAAGUGGACGAUGCCACACUGUGUCCUGACCUUGAAGCUGAUCGGUCUGGCCAUGGACUACUAUGACGGAGGGAAGGAUCAGAAAUCCCUGUCCUCCGAGCAGCAGAUAUACGCCAUACGGGGUGUCCCCUCCCUGCUCGAAGUCGCCGGCUUCUCCUACUUCUACGGAGCCUUCCUGGUGGGGCCCCAGUUCUCCAUGAACCACUACAUGAAGCUGGUGCGGGGAGAGCUGACCGACGUCCCAGGGAAGAUACCAAACAGCACCAUACCUGCUCUCCGGCGCCUGGCCCUGGGCCUGGUCUACCUAGUGGGCUACACCCUGCUCAGCCCCCACAUCACCGAAGACUAUCUCCUCAGCGACGACUACCAAAACGGCAGCUUCUGGUUCCGCUGCAUGUACAUGCUGCUCUGGGGCAAGUUCGUGCUGUACAAAUAUGUCACCUGUUGGCUGGUCACGGAAGGCGUGUGCAUUCUGACGGGGCUGGGCUUCAAUGGCUUCGAUGAGUAUGGGACAGCCAAGUGGGAUGCCUGUGCCAACAUGAAGGUGUGGCUCUUUGAAACCAACCCCCGCUUCACGGGCACCAUUGCUUCUUUCAACAUCAACACCAACGCCUGGGUGGCCCGCUACUUCUUCAAACGACUCAAGUUCCUGGGAAAUAAGGUUCUAUCCCAGGGCCUCUCGCUGCUCUUCCUGGCGCUCUGGCACGGCCUCCACUCGGGAUACCUGGUCUGCUUCCAGAUGGAGUUCCUCAUUGUGAUCGUGGAGCGACAGGCUGCCAGCUUGAUUCGAGACAGCCCAGUCCUGAGCAGGUUGGCCUCCAUCACCGUCCUGCAGCCCCUCUACUAUCUGGUGCAGCAGACCAUCCACUGGCUCUUCAUGGGUUACUCGAUGACCGCUUUCUGCCUCUUCACUUGGGACAAGUGGAUGAAGGUGUACAAGUCCAUUUAUUUCCUUGGCCACGUCUUCUUCUUGAGUCUACUAUUGAUAUUGCCUUACGUCCGUAAAGUGAUGGUGCCCAGGAAAGAGAAGUUAAAGAAAAUGGAGUAA